CUCGUUGGUCCUAGGGCCCCCGGUAUUUCCCGUCACGUUUCACCUCGUCUCUCUCCCCUCGCUCCGCACCCCCCUCUUGGCCAGAGCCCGGCGCACGAGAGUCCUUCCCUCCAAUCCAACCAAGCAAAUUCGUCACUCAAUUCACCACUUCGCCGCUCCGAUCGCAAUGCCGCCCCGGAGUCAAACCCAACGGUCGCCGUGAGCCACGACAGAGAGAUACCCCGCACGCUGAUUUGCGCGACCCACCCCCCAACGCUCCGCAAGGCCGCACGCGGCGGCCGCCCCGACCGGACGCCCUGGAGCCGGCGCAGCAGGAGGCGGUGAAGCCGUCCCCGACCAACGGCCGCAUCCGCUACCGGUCGCCCUCGGCGGCCGAUCUGCUCCCCGUCGACGACCUCACCGCUGGCCCCUCUGCUGCUGACGCCGCGGCGGCUACUGCGGUGGCCGCCAGGAUGCGGCGCUUCUCGACCCCUGGCGCGCGGCAGCAGCAGGGGGAGGCCGUGUCCGACCGCGUCCACCGCUACCGCGGGGUGCUGAUGGUGGUGCUCGCGCCGGUGCUCCUCAUCUCGUUCGUGCUCCUCCUCAUGCCGCGGCCCCCGCCCUCCGUCACCGCGAGGGCCUCCACUGGGCUCGUCGCCGUUGGUGGCAGGAGGUGGGGGCCCCAGGCCGUGGGCGGAGUUGGUGAUGGAUCGAACAGGUAUGCGGUGAUAUUUGACGCCGGGAGCUCCGGGAGCCGCGUGCACGUCUACUGCUUCGACGCCAACUUGGAUCUUGUUCCUAUAGGGAAUGAGAUCGAGCUGUUCAAGCAGCAAAAACUGGGCCUGAGUGCUUAUGCCAAGGAUCCACAGGAGGCUGCUGAGUCACUCGUUUCUCUUCUAGAGGAAGCUGAAAAAGUAGUUCCUGUAGAAUUGCGUGAGCAGACACCUGUUAGGGUUGGGGCCACUGCAGGUCUCAGAGCAUUAGGAACUGAAAGGUCUGAUGAAAUUUUGCAAGCGGUUAGGGAUCUUCUUCGUGACAAGAGUUCUUUCAAAUCCCAACCAGAUUGGGUCACUGUUCUAGAUGGAUCUCAGGAAGGUGCAUUCCAGUGGGUUACCAUCAACUAUCUGUUGGAGAAAUUGGGAAAGCCUUACUCGCACACAGUUGGAGUGGUUGAUCUAGGAGGUGGUUCUGUCCAAAUGGCUUAUGCUAUCUCGGAAAAGGAUGCAGCAAAGGCUCCUGAAGUUUCAGAUGGUGAAGAUUCAUAUGUGAAGAAACUGGUACUCAAGGGAACAACAUAUUAUCUUUAUGUUCACAGUUAUUUGCAUUAUGGUUUGCUGGCGGCUAGAGCAGAGAUCUUAAAAGCUGGUGAAAGCAACGAUUACAGCAACUGUAUGUUGGACGGAUAUCAUGGGAAAUACAAAUAUGGUGAUGAUACAUUUGAGGCAUCAGGUUCAUCUAGUGCCAGUUAUUCCAAGUGCAGGGCUAUUGCAGUGAGUGCUCUUAAAGUUGAUGAACCGGCAUGUACUCACAUGAAAUGCACCUUUGGUGGUGUGUGGAAUGGUGGUGGUGGAGAUGGACAGAAGAAUCUUUUUGUAGCAUCGUUUUUCUUUGAUAGGGCUGCUGAGGCUGGAUUUGUAAACCCGAAGGCAGCAGUUCCUAAGGUUAAACCAUCAGACUUUGAAGAAGCUGCACGGCGUGUUUGUAAAUUGAAUGUGAAGGAGGCACGUGCCACAUACCCUGAUGUUUCAGAGGAUAACAUUCCAUACCUUUGCAUGGAUCUUGUGUACCAGCACACAUUACUUGUGGAUGGAUUCGGUGUGGAUCCCUAUCAAGAUAUUACGUUGGUAAAGAAGGUGCCUUAUGGAAAUUCAUUUGUGGAAGCAGCAUGGCCCCUUGGCAGUGCCAUUGAGGUUGCAUCUUCAUCAUAGGCAGAAAUCAGCUCGGCAGUAACUUACUGAACAGACCCCAGCAUAUAGUUUUGGCUUAGCUUACCUUACCAAUCGGGAAUAGUGAGUUUAGAUCCUAAGUUUGAUGUUAGGAUUUUUGUUUACCCCUUGAUUCACCAUUUCUUCUCCAUCUUCCAUUCUAUUUAUUUAGCAUUUAAAUACAUUAACGUAUACAAGAGUAUAGCUUGGAGUUGCCCCGUGCGACCAUUUGAAGAUCUAUUUUUUGUACUAAUGAAAGCCAGAUCAGAAACUUCGCAAUCCUUUUGGACUUCGAUGCAGAUGCAUAAUUUUUUUGUUAUCA